AAUGCAAUGGGGCUAAAACUAAAACUCCACGUUAAUUUAGCUAGCAUCCUUAUUUUUUUGUAUGGAAGAUGGAACGAUUUCAACCACCAGGCGGCUCCUGCUCACGCUUUAUACUGGGUGUCAAUUUACCGACCCUAACAUUCAUAAAACUAAGAGCAUAUUUAAAAAACAUUUAAAGUACAUUUUUUGUUCACUAUCAAAUGAACUUUUGUUUUCCAGUCAUCAUCAUAUUAAGCUCGUUUGUGUGGGGUUUUUAUUUUUAAACUCCAAAUGAAAAAUAAAGAAUUACCCACCCAGUUGGCGAGUAGUUUAAAACCUUUUCUCAACAAGAGAGGGAGGUUUUUGGAGUUAGCCGGACAGUCAGUGAUUGUAGGGGCAGGGUGGGUAUGCGAGGGAAGGGCUGAACCCUGACUGCUUUGAUAGGUUACACAUGCCUCUGCUGAGAGGGGGGGGGUCCAGUCUCCAAGCAGAGAGUUUGAAUCUGACUACUAGCAGGAGCUCGGCUAGACUCGGCUGCUGCUGCAACAUGCUGGCAACAUGUUUAGUGUUCUUAGUGGGCUCGCUUUUGUUUCUAACCCCUCUGUCUUCGCCCUGUCCCAGCCGCUGCCUCUGUUUUCGGACCACGGUGCGUUGCAUGCAUUUGAUGCUGGAAAAUGUCCCCGAGGUCUCUGCACAGACAACUAUUCUAGACCUGCGGUUCAAUCGCAUUAAGGAGAUCCGUCCAGCGGCCUUUAAGAGACUGAGGAAUCUGAACACGUUGUUACUCAACAAUAACCAAAUUAAAGGGAUUCCACGGAGGGCCUUUGAAGAACUGGAAAACCUGAAAUAUCUCUACCUGUACAAAAAUGAAAUCCAGACAAUCCAAAAACAAGCCUUCAAAGGGUUGGUCUCCCUGGAACAGCUGUACCUUCACUUCAAUAAUAUAGAAGUGUUAGAAUCUGAAACAUUUAGUGAUCUUCCGAAGCUUGAGCGUUUAUUUUUGCACAACAAUCGACUUUCCAGAAUCCAUCCAGGGACCUUCAACCAACUUGAAUCACUCAAGCGACUACGUUUAGAUUCCAACUCUCUGAUCUGUGACUGUGAGCUGGUCUGGCUGGCCGAGCUGCUGAAGAAAUACGCUGAGGUGGGCAACACGCAGACGGCCGCAACCUGUGAACAUCCCAGCCACCUGCAGGGCCGCUCCGUGACAACCGUAACCGCCCAGGAGUUCAACUGCGAGACCUCGCAUCACACUUCGGAGCCACAGGAUGUGGACGUUACUCUGGGAAAUACGGUUUACUUCACGUGCCGAGCAGAGGGGAAUCCCAAGCCCAAUAUCAUCUGGUUACACAACAAUAAUGAGAUAGACAUGAAGGUUGACCACAGGGUGAACCUGCUGGAGGACGGCACGCUGAUGAUCCAGGAUAUCAAGGAGUCGGACCAAGGAGCGUACCAGUGCAUGGCCAAGAAUGUCGCCGGGGAGGUGAAGACCAACGAAGUCAUCCUACGCUACUUCGACACACCAUCAAAACCUACUUUUGUGAUUCAGCCUCAAAACACGGAGGUGUUGGUUGGGGAGAGCGUGACGCUAGAGUGCGGUGUCUCCGGGCAUCCUCAGCCCCACAUCGCCUGGACCAAGGGCAAUAACACGGCCAUCCCCGACGACCUGAGGCACACCACCACCCCGUCCGGUGGACUCUUCAUGCAGAACGUCACCUUCGACGACCAAGGCCAGUACAACUGCAACGCCAGCAACAAGGAAGGGUCCAUCCAGGCUGUGGCCCACAUCAUUGUACAAGAUGGUCCUAAGUUUUCCAUGCUUCCCAAAAACCAGGUGGCGGUGGAAGGAACAACGGUGGACUUUGACUGCCGUGCAGAUGGAACUCCUUCUCCAGUGAUUGCCUGGACCAAAGCAGGGGGUCAGCUGCCGAGCGACCGAAGGCACACGGUAUUGUCCACGGGCACACUGCGUAUUGUGCGGGUGGCAGCCCAUGACCAAGGCCAGUAUGAAUGUCACGCCAUCAGUGUGGUGGGGGCAAGGCAUGUCCCCGCACAGCUGACUGUCGAAUCGCUGGUGACGCCAGUGUUCGUCCACACACCGUACGACACGGCAGCUGAGACGGGCCAGGACGUGGAGAUCCACUGCUCCGCACAGGGGGAGCCACACCCCAUCAUUACUUGGACCAAGGAUGGUGUACAGAUCACGGACAGUGGGAAGUUCUUUGUUACUCCAGAGGGAACGUUGACUAUUCGAGACGUUGGCGAGGGCGACCAGGGGCGGUACGAGUGCAUUGCCCGAAACCCCUUUGGCUUCAUCUCCAGUAACAUGAUGUUAACCAUCACUGCACUGGAAGGCAGGCGGACUGGCGAUACAUUCGUUGAGGAAUCCCUACAGGAAGCUAUUAAUAGCAUUGACAGUGCAAUUAAUUCAACACGAAGGGACCUGUUCAGCAAGAAUCCACGCACCCCAAACGACCUGCUGGCCUUAUUCCGUUACCCACGUGACCCAUACACGGUGGAAGCGGCGCGAGCGGGCGAGAUCUUUGAGCGGACUCUCCAGCUGAUCCAGGAGCACGUUCAACAAGGCCUGACCGUCAACCUGAACAACACAAGUUAUCGUUACAAUGACCUGGUCUCGCCGCGGUAUCUGAACAUGAUCGCCAACAUCUCUGGCUGCAAGACGCACAGGCGCUCGCCGGCCUGCGACAACAUCUGCUUCCACAACAAGUACAGGACUCACGAUGGCACCUGCAACAACCUUCAGCACCCAAUGUGGGGGGCAUCGCUCAUUGCUUUCCAAAGGCUGCUGAAGCCAGUGUACGAGAAUGGUUUCAACCUCCCCAGAGGCUCUGUGUUGAGCGGGGAGGACAUCAGGCGGCCCCUGCCCCUGCCCCUGCCACGCCUGGUGUCCACCACCAUGGUGGGGACUGAGUCCACCACCCCCGACGGCCAGUACACUCACCUGUUGAUGCAGUGGGGCCAGUUUGUGGACCACGACCUGGACCUGACUGUGGGCGCCCUCAGCAUGUCCCGCUUCUCGGACGGCCAGCCCUGCCACCGCUCCUGUACCGAUGACCCCCCUUGCUUCCCCAUCCUUGUCCCGGCCGAUGACCCGCGGGUGAGGAGCGGCCGCUGCAUGUUCUUCGUGCGCUCCAGCCCCGUGUGUGGAAGCGGCAUGACCUCGCUGCUGAUGGACUCGGUCUACCCCCGGGAGCAGAUCAACCGCCUCACCUCGUACGUGGACGCCAGCAACGUGUACGGCAGCACCGAGGCGGAGUCCAGGGAGCUGAGGGACCUCGGGGGGAGUCGGGGUCUCCUCAAGUCCGGCCAGGAGGUCCCGGGAUCGGGCCAGAAGCGACUGCUGCCCUUCGCCGCCGGCCCACCCACCGAGUGUAUGAGGGACACCAACCAGAGCGCCAUCCCAUGCUUCCUGGCCGGGGACCACCGCUCCAACGAGCACGUCGCCCUGACCGCCCUGCACACGCUGUGGUUCCGUGAACAUAACCGCAUCGCCGGCCGACUCCUGACCCUCAACCCACACUGGGACGGGGACACCAUCUACCACGAAGCUCGCAAGAUAGUGGCCGCACAAAUGCAGCACAUCACCUACCAGCACUGGCUGGCCAAGAUCCUGGGAGAUGUUGGCAUGAAAGUCCUGGGUGAUUAUAGGGGAUACAACCCCAAUGUCAACGCCGGCAUCGUCAACGCCUUCGCCACGGCCGCCUUCCGCUUCGGCCACACCCUGGUCAACCCCAUCCUCUACCGGCUCAACGAGACCUUCCAGGCCAUCCCCCAGGGCCACCUGCCGCUGCACAAGGCUUUCUUCUCGCCCUUCAGGCUCAUCCAGGAGGGAGGGAUAGACCCGCUCCUCCGGGGUCUCUUCGGGGUGGCCGGGAAGAUGAGGGUCCCCACCGAACUCCUCACCCUGGAGCUGACGGAGAAACUCUUCUCCAUGGUCCACGCCGUGUCCCUGGACCUGGCUGCCAUGAACAUCCAGCGCGGCCGGGACCACGGCAUACCCCCCUACAAUGACUACAGGGUCUUCUGCAACCUCACCUCCGCCCACCACUUCGAGGACCUGAAGAACGAGAUCAAGAACCCGGAGAUUCGGAAAAAGCUGGAAAGGUUGUACGGCACUCCGCGGAACAUAGACCUGUGGCCGGCGCUGAUGGUGGAAGAUUUGAUCCCUGGCACGAGGGUGGGCCCGACAUUACUCUGCCUGCUCACGACACAGUUCCGUCGACUACGGGAUGGAGACAGAUUCUGGUAUGAAAACCCAGGAGUGUUCAGCCCAGCGCAGGUAACUCAGGUGAAACAAGCCUCGCUCGCACGAGUCAUCUGUGACAAUAGUGACCACAUUCAGCAGGUGCAGCCUGACGUCUUCAAGGUGGCACAUUAUCCUCAGGGCUUCCUCAACUGCGGGGAAAUCCCGGGGAUCGACCUGCGGAUGUGGCAGGACUGCUGCGAAGACUGCGCAAACCGUGGACAAUUCAACACGCUCUCACAAAGGUUCCACGCCAAGCGGUCAGAAGAAUACAGUUUUCCAGAGGCUACAGACGCACAUCAGAAGCAGGAGCCACGACUAAGAGAGAGAGGUGGAGAACUCCAGGAAAAGAUUUCCAAUUCCUCCUCUAUCCGGGCUGAUAAUUGUGGAGAUGAACUGGAAAACCUAAGGAGAAAGGUAGAGAUGCUUGAAGCUCGCUUGAAGGUGACGGGCUGCGUGGACAAGAAUGGGAAGGUGCGAGGGGAAGGAGAACAUUGGGAGAGAGACCCUUGUACGGAGUGUCACUGUCAGGAUGCAGAGACCACAUGUGUGAUGCUGAGCUGCCCUCAGAACUGCAGAAACCCAGUGACGAGACAAGGCAAAUGUUGCCCAGACUGUGAGGGAGAGUGACGGCCAUCAAAAACCAAAGGAGUAUAAUCAGCUGAUUAUAUCACACAGGCACUGAUUACAUCCAGGACUAUUUGAAUUGUUCUGUGUUAUUGUCACAGUUUUUAUCCCUAUGUCCCCCCCCCCCCCCCCCCC